GGUCAACCAAUGAAAGUUCAUUUGUUUGUUCUGAGAUUGAAGAGCUUGUGAGACAUGGAGAAUUUACUGAAUUCAUCACGAGAACGAUCUACGAAGUAAGAAGUCGCCUUUCAAGUACGAACCGCGGUGCGCCGACCACGAUCUCUUUGCGCUCAGUCUGCAGCACUCAUCUUACCAGAAGCAACAGAGCGAAAGCCAUGGCUUGAGCCGCGGGUUUAACCCCAUUGUCUACUUCCUACCCUGCGAACGACAUACCUACGCCGCAUGAGCGACCAACACGGCAUUGCCCUCCGGGCCAUUCGACCCUCGAUUCCGAGAGACAUAUUAUAGUUGGAUAUGGCACCGCAGGAGGCCAAGAUGGAAGGGUCCAAGCCCAGCAAAACCUCAACGAGUGGGAACAAUGGGGAAGGGGCGGAUUCGAAAGACGACGGUGCCAAAGGGUCGAAGCAAGGUCCCAGAAAGCGAGUAUCGCAGGCGUGCGACAAAUGCCGAAGCAGGAAAGACAAAUGCGAUGGCAAGAAGCCGGCAUGCUCUACGUGUAUUACCAACGGCCGAACAUGUUCAUAUGAUACCAAUGUCAAAAAGCGCGGCUUACCUGAAGGUUAUGUUCGAGGUCUUGAGAAGCUGUGGGGAUUGGCCAUCAGAGAUGUCGACGCCGUUGAGGAUCAAAUGCUGGUAGCUCUGGCUGGGAAUGAAGAAAGUAAUGAGACUGCUCUCAGCAUUUGGAAUGAUGAAAGUACUUCGGAAGCAUUGGUCGAGAUCUGGAGAAAAUCCCAGAUGUCAAGAGAAUUGGAAAGGCUACUUUCAUCACAAGAGCCUACGGUAGAGACGAAGCGAAAGCGGCUUGGCUCUGAUCUCCAAACCUCAAGGAGGAUAGACCGGAUGAGCUUCUCUCAGCCUUCUGCGGGUGUGAAAGAUACCGGUCCAGGGCUUGCAGGAGCUCAGUGGCCAGAAAGCGGCCACGAUGGCAAGGCAGUCAACGAAUUCCCCAGGCCGCCGAAUUCCUCUCAUUCAUAUCAAGCCAACAGUCCCUUCUUAACCAAGGAUGUUGAGUCCAUCUUGAGUCCUUCCAAUGCACAUACUGCAAUAUCAGCCGGAACCCCGGCUACAAGUGUUGAUAUUCCGGAACUACCUUCGGAAACUUGGCAUCUCAUUGACGUUUAUUUCUCAUAUACACAUUCGUGGCUACCCAUCAUUGAAAAGCAUGAUCUUCUCCGCACUUCAUAUCAGUACUCGCAGAACCGCGGCACCUCCUCCAUGUCAUCCUCUGGCUCUGGCGAGCAUGCAGCACUCUGGGCGGCUAUAGCUUAUGCCAAAUUCCAGCAUAGAGCAAUUAAUAAUAUUCCACGAGCUCUCGGUCAUGUCGGGGAAAUGGUUUGGACUGCAGAGAGGAUGUAUGCACAAGCACGGUCGUUGAUCCCCAACGAGGAAGGCAGCCUAGAACUUGGCCAUAUCCAAGCACUUUUAAUCUUGACUCUUGCAAACAUGGGCAUGGGUAAUUAUAGCAGAGCCUGGUCUCUGAUAGGACAAGCAGUCCGGAUUGCUAUGGACUUACGACUUGAUCAACCUCCAGAUCCAGUUGUUCAUCUCCUCAAAGCAAAGACUCGAUCCAAACAUGUCAUUCUUGGCUGUUUCGCACUCGAUACACUCAUUGCAGCUCGCUUGGGUCGCAAACCACAUCUGCGGGCGCACGAUAUCGACCAAAUUGGGCUUGUCGAAGAGGACGGCCUUGAAGAAUGGGAUCCGUGGACUGAUUGCCUCAACGUUCGCAGAAACAAGUCUGGUGGAUCUCGUGGUCCGUCUUCUAUUUUGAGUACCUUCAAUCGUUGCAUUGAAGUACUUAAAAUCUUGAAUGAAGCUACAUGCUUGCCAGCGGGAAGCAACGGUCAGCAGCUUAGCACUGUCCUUCUCGAAAAGCUGCAUAUCUGGAGCCAUUCUCAAUCGAUCCCGCUUUACUUCGACUCAACUGCUGUUGAUAGCGAAGUAGGAAACUUAUUACCUCAUCAAUAUCAUUUACAUAAUGUCUAUUUCACAACGCUAGCAACAUCACAGCUUCUAUCACAUAUCUCUGGAGAAAGCUCAGUCAAUCUAGAGCCAUGUACUAGAUCAGCGCGACACAUAGUAGAUCUCCUCAAACAUCACUCUCACACAUUCGGACUUCUGAUUGUCCCACCUACAUACGACUACUUUGUCAACAAGGCUUACGAUAUUGUUCAAGCUGUAAAUAGCAGUAUCGAGAGUACACAUAUUGUCCUGAACGAUUGGAAGCGAAACCUAGACCACUGUCUUGAUGGAUUAGAACCAGCUUGGCCUGUUUUCGAGUCGCUGAAAUCUACAGUUGCAUACCAAUCAAGCUCUCACUCAGCUCGUCGAGAGUCUCAGGUUGCUUUUGAGAUGCUCAAUGGCAUGAACAAUGACUCAGAUACACCAAUGUCCGGCAAAACGCCACAAAGCAUAGCAAGCUAUGAUACAAUGGGUGCAUACAGUCCUCAAAUAUUCAGGCCACAAGCAGAUGGUGUACAGCGAGCGAGAGGUAGCAGCCAAUCUGGAAAGGGUCCUGUCAAAGUCUCGCACCGGCCUUCAUUUGGACAGUCGUCUGCGCAAGGACUGCCACAAAAUCCGUUGAACAUCUACGAAAAUGCACACGUUACUUUCGGUGGUCUCGAUCGUCGACUUGAUAAAGCAGCUGCCAAAACAGCUCCUCGUCAAGCUCACCCUGUGGGACGGCCGACAAUAGACCUCGUACCGCCUACAAAUCCCCAGUUGCACCGCUCGCUGACGAUGAGCUCUGCUGAUGUUGAAUUUGAUCCCAUGUUCAACGAAUUAAUGCGUCUUGAUGCUACUGAAUGGACCGGCAACUGGGAUCAAUCUUUGAUGAAUCUUGGAUUUACCGACACGGGAGACAUGAACCAAGAUUUCUACACCUUUUGUCAAGAACCUGAUCCAUUACAUCAAAAUAAUGUUUUUCAACAGCUUGUCGCGAAUUCCAAUGCUGAGAAUACGGACUUCUUCGAUGGCUCAUCGUUCAAUGGAAUGAAUACUAGUGCUGGUAUGAAUAGUUUUGGCGGAUUGGGAGUGGGGGAUGAGAGUGAGGGUAUUGAAGCUGGGCAGAUAUUACAGGCUUUGAGUGCAGCGGAAGAUCAAAGGUCUGUAAGAGAAAAUAGUUAAGAUAGCAUCUUAUAGUGAAAAAUUAU